UCACUCUGUGCGUUUGACGUCAUGACGCCGCACGCUGAGGGACGCAGCGGCGGCUUGAGCUCCACGAUGUCCGGACACGGUCACGGACACAGUCACGGCUGCGGGUGUGAGGGGGAGCAUGAACCCGCCGAGAGGGGCCUGGAGUACGGACUGUAUCAGCGGAUCGACCUGGAGAAGCUCCAGUGUCUGAACGAGAGCAGAGACGGAGACGGGAAGCAGGUGUUCAAACCCUGGGACCGGCGGAACGAGCGGGACAAGUUUGUUGAGAGCGAUGCAGAUGAAGAGCUACUGUUCAACAUCCCUUUCACUGGCAGCGUGAAGCUAAAAGGCAUCAUCAUCUCUGGAGAAGACGACGACUCUCAUCCUGCUGAGAUACGACUCUACAAAAACAUCCCCCAGAUGUCUUUUGACGACACGGGAAAAGAGCCUGAACAAGCCUUCAGGCUGAACAGAGACCCCGCCGCAGAGCUGGAGUACCCAACAAAGAUCUCUCGUUUUUCCAACGUCAAUCACCUCUCUAUCCACAUAUCGAAGAACUUUGGCGCAGAAAGCACCCGAGUGUACUACAUUGGUCUCAGAGGAGAGUAUUCAGAGGCUCACAGACAUGAAGUGACGAUCUGUAACUAUGAGGCGGCAGCAAACCCUGCGGAUCACAAAGUGGAGAGCAUCAUCCCACAAACCAACUUCAUUUCAUGAGACGAUGAUUGGGUGAUUGGGAAGAGGAGGCAGAGGAGAAGGGAAAAAUGGAGUUUUCCAGUGACGUCCGCUGACUGUUCGCAAGUCAAAGAUGAGUUUCUGCGCUGUGCACCAGCAGGUUGGUCCCGCUGGACGAACACCGAGUUCAGCAACCUGGAAACUAUAGCGCUUCAGAUCUGUCUGAAAGUGUCUCCUUUCUGUGGUCAUUAAGAGUGAAGGCUUCUUGUGGCCAAAGUACUUACUAAUAAACGCAUGAAAUAUUUGACACUGUUCUCUGUUCUCAAUGUGAAUCUUUGAGGUAAUGCACUCGGCACAUUUGUAGAAUUAUCAUACAAUUGAAAAACACAGUGUUCAAAGACUAAAGGGAAUACGUGACCAACACAGCAGUGUGACUCCAAGUUAAUCAAACUCCAGGAAAGUCGGCUUCUCCAGUUAAUCAGUAAUACCAAUCAUGAUCAACUCCACCCGCUGGAAAUGGUGAAACCAGGUGGAAAUGAGAGGAAAUGUGCAAGACAACAGAGAGAUUUUACAUGUUGUGGCCACAGACCUUUUCCCUCUUUACAUCAUUUCCGUUUGAUACUUUGACUGUUUGACAUUUUUCCUGUGCUUUUGCCACUAGUUUAAUCGCCUGACUCGCAGAAGUUGCUCGGGUAGCAUAACUAGCCAGAAGGUUUGCCGUGAAUGGGGGAGAUAACUGGAAGACAGGACAGUACGCUUGGAGACAUGGAGGGUGGCUGUAAAAGAGCAACCCGGCAGCAGAAUUGCCUUCUGCUUCUUUGUACAAGGAGGAACAGGAAGAUCAUUGCACAAGCCCUCCAGAAUGACCUCCAGCAAGCCACAGCUGCGCAUGUGUUUGCCCCAACUGUCAGAAACAUAAUCUGAAUGUGGCAUGAAGGCCAAACAUCCACAAGUGGGAUUUGCAUUUACCAAAAAACACAAAGUAUGAAAUUUGCCACUGGCAUCCUUCUCCUCACACUGAGCACAUAUGGCAGACACGACAGAGUCUGGAGACACCAUGGAGAAUGUUUUGUGGCUUUCAACAUCCUCUCGGCUAAUUACACAGUAUGAUCGAUAAAGCAUUUUACACUAGAAUACUCCAUUCAUCAAGAGCAAGUGUUCCCUUUAAGUUUUUUAGCAGUGCACUACAGACAAGAGUUGGAAUUAAAUAAGUAUUUUUCCAAUUCAAGACAUUAGGCGUGACGUUUACACCCUGGCAGGAUUCGUACUUCAUACUCCACAAGCCGCAAGGUUCAACUGUUCAGAUAAUCUGUCAUUUGCAUUUUCUAUAAGCAGCAGUAGGGGGUGUUUUACUCUGAAAUUCUGUCUCUCCUCAUAACUACAUUUAUAGGCAUCUUAUUGGAUCGUAGUUUAGUGGAAAUUCAAGAUUCAAUUCAAGAUACUUUAUUUGCCCCCAAGGGGGAAAUUCAAUUAUAUAAAAAAGGAAAAACAGCAAUAUAUGUCAACUGUCAUUUUAAACAUUUUCUACGAAAAGAGAACACAAACCCAUGCCACAUCCACUUUGACAUUUUCCAGAGUGUUUGAGCUUUUGUGUCUUGUUAUAAUCUCAUUUCUAUCCAUUUCCAUUUUAACUGCAAAGAUGUGAUGUCAAUAUGAUACAGCCAUGUCAUCUAUCAUUUGAGUUAUAGAUGGGAAUGUGUGAGAUGAGUAUGGAAGGCCGUUUUUGUGAGUGUUUUUCCAAAGGUGGGGCUUUUAAUGAAGCAAAUGUAUAAUAAAAUGCAAUAAU